AUGCCCACUCCACAACCUCUUCAUAUACUCAUCCAUCUCCACCCUCCAACCAAUGCCCCAACAAUGGCAUCGCAAGACCCAACACUCCUCAAACUCCACUCAGCACACUCCGACGUCAAAACCCUCCUCCAAACCUCAUCGGAGACACAACACAACAUCACAAAAACUGAGACCAGGUUUUCUCUCUCCCAACAAUCGCUCUCAACCGUCUCCAGAAGAAUCCUCCCUCUACAGUCCCUCACCAUGUCGAGAAAAGCCCUCGAUGCCAGAAUCACCAGAGCUGUUUCCCCAGCAGUGGAUCUCCUCAACACGUUCAAGGUUACGGAGGCUCUUCAGGCCAAGCUGGUGACCUUCUCGGCGGAGCUCUCGGCAGAGAAGUCGCAGCAGAGGAGGGUGGAGAAGCUGGUGGAUUACGUUGAGUGCGUGGAGGAAGUGAAGGAGGGGAUAGAGAAGAUAUGCGAGGAGGUGGAGGUAGUGGUUCAGAGGCUGCAGGAGGUGGUGGAGUUUGUGAGCAGGACAAAGGCUGCGGAUCAGUGCAGGGAAGUAAGGCUGAAGGAGGCGUUGGGGACGCUGAAGGGGCUGUAUGAGAUGGAGGUGGAUGAGAUGAGGUUUGAUGGGUUGUUGGAUCAGGCGUUGGUGCACGUGCAGGAUGAGUUUGAGGGACUGUUGCUGAGGAUGAAGCACCGGAACCUUGGGGAUUUCGUGCACCAGCAUGGUGGUGAAGAAAAGGAACUGGGGUCGGAGAUGGAGAUUGAAACCCUCAGAAGAAUUGCAACCACCCUCGCUGCCAAUGAUUGCAUGGACAUUUGCAUUGAUAUAUACGUCAAGGUACUCAUUAACCUUUGUUUCAUCACCAGCUGUGUCAAAUUUUUGUUUAACAUGAUUGAACAGGCGAGAUACAGAAGAGCUGCGAAGGCACUAAUGAAGCUAAACCCUGAUUACCUUCGAACAUACACCACAGAAGGAAUCGACGAAAUGGAAUGGGAAACCUUAGAAACAGCCAUUACCCUUUGGAUUCAACAUUUUGAAGUCGCAGUCAAGAAGGUCCUCUUUUCAGAAAAGAAACUCUGCGAAAAAGUCCUGGGCAAUUUCAUGGAGGGUCUAGUGUGGCCAGAAUGCUUCAUCAAAAUCUCCGACAAGAUCAUGGCCGUGUUCUUCCGCUUCGGAGAAGCCGUGGCCCGAAGCAGCAAAGAGCCCCAGAAGCUCUUCAAACUCUUGGACAUGUUUGAAUCCUUAGAGAAACUCAAACCCGAGAUUUCAAAAAUCUUCGAAGGAGAACCUGGCGUGGACAUAUGCACGCGGUUCCGCGAGUUGGAGAAGCUCAUCAUCGAUGCUUCGAGCAAAGUUUUCUGGGAAUUCGGGCUUCAAAUAGAAGGCAACAUCGACGGUCUUCCACCUCCUCAAGACGGUUCCGUUCCCAAGCUCGUACGUUACGCCAUCAACUACCUCAAAUACCUAACCACGGUUAACUACAAAACAUCCAUGGUCAAGGUUCUCCGAACACAACAAACAUGGAGAGGUAAAGGUGGUAGUACUGAUACUAGUAGCAGUGAGAUGUCAACGGACGAGGGUUUGUUGAAGCAUGCGCUUUCCAACGUGAUGGAGGCGAUUCAGAGGAACAUAGAGUCAAAGAGAUUGUGUUGCAGGGACAAGGUUUUGGUGCAUGUGUUCACGAUGAACACGUAUUGGUACAUUUACAUGAGGACGAAGAACACGGAGCUUGGUGAGGUGUUGGGUGAGAAGUUGAUGAAGGAGGGUUACAAAGGUGUGGCGGAGGAAUGUGCUUACUUAUAUCAGAAGCAAGCGUGGGGGGGUUUGGUGAGGGUUUUGGAUGGUGAGGAUGUGAGGGAGGAAGGGAAAGGGAGUGUGGGAAGAGUGGUGAGUGAGAAGGUCGAGGUGUUCUUCAAGGGUUUGAAUGAGGUUUGUGAGAGGCAUGUUAGAGGGGUGUACAGUAUACCUGACGUCGAUUUGAGGGAUCAGAUGAUGGAGGCUACAGUGAAGCUUGUGGUGUCUGCUUAUGCAGAAUUUUUGGAGAGUUAUUCAGGGUUUUUGAAUAAGAAAGGGUACCCUAGUGUUGAAAGGGUGAAAGGGUUGGUGGUGAAGGCCUUUGAUGGGGGAAGGUUAAGGAGGAAGGGUUCUGCUUCUGGUGAUUGGAAUGUUGCAAGGAACUCUGGGUCUUUGGAGAGGGAUGUUGUGAGAUCAGGAAGUAAUGGUGGUCAUGUUUGA